ACAGAUCCACAAAGAGGCCAGAAGGCUGAAGCAAUAAAUAAAACGCGAAGCUAGCUGAUUUUUUUCCCCUUAUUUCACAUAUUUGUCAAUUUUAGGGUUAGGGUUGGUGUUUGGGAUUCGUCAUUGUGGUCGAUUUUAUUAGAGAUCCGCGAGAGAUUGGAAUUGGCAACGAUUGGCAAUGGGUGUUCCAGCCUUCUACAGAUGGUUAGCGGAGAAGUACCCGCUAGUUGUGGUGGAUGUUAUCGAGGAAGAAGCGGUGGUGAUCGAUGGCGUCUCGAUUCCGGUGGAUACGAGUAAACCUAACCCUAAUAGACUCGAAUUCGAUAAUCUUUAUCUCGACAUGAACGGGAUCAUUCAUCCUUGUUUUCACCCCGAAGACAGACCUUCGCCUACAACUUUUGAUGAAGUAUUUCAGUGCAUGUUUGAUUACAUUGAUAGAUUGUUUGUUAUGGUUCGCCCUCGAAAGCUUUUAUAUAUGGCCAUUGAUGGCGUUGCCCCUCGGGCUAAAAUGAACCAACAGCGAUCUAGGCGUUUUAGAGCAGCAAAAGAUGCUGCUGAGGCGGCAGCUGAAGAAGCACGACUUCGAGAGGAGUUUGAGAGGGAGGGCAGAAGGCUUCCUCCUAAAGAGGAAUCACAGAAUUUUGAUUCAAAUGUUAUUACACCUGGCACUCCAUUUAUGGCUGUUCUGUCAAUUGCUUUGCAGUACUAUAUCCACCUUAGAUUAAAUUAUGACCCUGGAUGGAAAAAUAUCAAGGUUAUUCUAUCUGAUGCCAAUGUUCCUGGUGAAGGAGAACAUAAAAUUAUGUCAUAUAUACGGCUUCAAAGGAACCUUCCUGGUUUUGAUCCAAACACACGCCAUUGCCUAUAUGGUUUGGACGCUGAUUUAAUUAUGUUGGCCUUGGCCACUCAUGAAGUUCACUUUUCAAUUCUUCGUGAGAUUGUCUUCACCCCUGGACAAGAUAAAUGCUUCCUAUGUGGUCAGAUGGGCCAUGUAGCAGCAAAUUGUGAAGGAAAGGCAAAGCGGAAGGCUGGAGAAUUUGAUGAGAAAGAUGAUGGAAAAGCUGCGGCCAGAAAGCCAUACCAGUUUCUAAACAUAUGGACACUUAGGGAGUAUCUGGAAUAUGAGAUGAGAAUCCCCAAUCUUCCUUCUGAAAUUGACUUAGAACGCAUUGUGGAUGAUUUUAUAUUCAUGUGCUUCUUUGUUGGCAAUGAUUUCUUACCUCAUAUGCCUACACUAGAGAUUCGUGAGGGUGCAAUCAACUUGUUAAUAGCUGUAUACAAGAAGGAAUUUAGAUCAAUGGGUGGUUAUUUAACCAAUGGAAGCCAGCCAAAUUUGAGCAGGGUAGAGCAUUUUAUCCAGGCAGUGGGAUCUUAUGAAGAUAAAAUAUUCCAGAAAAGAGCACGAUUGCAUCAGCGUCAAGCGGAAAGAAUCAAGCGUGAAAAGGUACAAGCUAGAAGAGGAGAUGAUGCAGAGCCUCAAGUUCAACCUGAUUCUCUGGUUCCAGUUGCUAGAUUUCAUGGUUCCCGUCUUGCCUCGGGCCCUUCACCUGCUCCAUUUCAGCAAACAAUGGAGUGUAAUGGUAAUGAAUCCUCUGGCCGGCCACAAAAAGUGCGACGCACAUAUUCAGGGGGGACUAUCGGUGCUGCUAUUGUUGAAGCAGAGGAUAGUAUUGAAACAGAUGUACAUGAGAACAAAGAAGAAUUGAAAGCUAAACUUAAGGAGUUGAUCCGUGACAAAGCUGAUGUUUUUAACUCCAAAAAUCAUGAGGAAGACAAGAUUAAACUGGGAGAGCCAGGGUGGAAAGAAAGGUAUUAUCAAGAAAAGUUUUCGGCAAAAACUCCAGAAGAAAUGGAAGCAAUACGAAAAGAUGUUGUUUUGAAGUUCACUGAAGGCCUAUGUUGGGUCAUGCACUAUUACUAUGAGGGGGUUUGUUCUUGGAGAUGGUUUUAUCCUUAUCAUUAUGCACCAUUUGCAUCUGAUCUAAAGGAUCUUGGUCAGCUAGAUAUUCAGUUUGAGCUGGGCUCCCCUUUCAAACCAUUCAAUCAGUUAUUGGGGGUUUUUCCUGCUGCAAGUUCCCAUGCACUUCCUGAACAAUAUAGGGAAUUGAUGACCGAUCCAAAUUCACCCAUUAUUGAUUUUUAUCCGACUGAUUUUGAAGUUGACAUGAAUGGAAAGCGGUAUUCAUGGCAGGGUAUUGCAAAAUUGCCUUUCAUUGAUGAAGAGCGGCUUCUUGCAGAGGUUGCAAAGAUAGAAUAUACGUUGACGGAUGAAGAAGCACGGAGAAACAGUGAAAUGUAUGACAUGCUUUUUGUGGCAGCAUCACACCGUCUGUCGGAGCAAAUCUUUUCUCUUGAUAAUCGUUGUAAACAAUUGACAGAAAGGCAACGAAUUGAAGUCAAGGAGGAAGUCAAACCUGAUUUGAGGUCUGCUUGCAGUGAUGGGAUGAAUGGUUACAUAUCUCCUUGUGCUGGAGACACCCACCCUCCUAUAUUCAGGUCUCCAAUCAAGGACAUGGAAGAUAUAUUGGCCAAUGAAGUCAUAUGUUGUAUAUAUAGACUUCCAAAAGCUCAUAAACAUAUUACCCGUCCUCCGGCCGGAGUUACAUUCCCUCCCAAGAUGGUGCAAUUCAGUGAUUUAAAACCUGAACCUGUGUUAUGGCAUGAAGAUUCUGGGAGGAGACCUUGGGAAAAUGGAAGGUUGCCUGCAUCUGGUCAUCUGAUGGAAAGGCAUAACCCUCCUGCAUCUGUUUCUGGCCGGGAAGCAUCUCACAGACUUAUUACUAAUAGCUUACGGUUGAAGGUAGAUCAUAAUGGGUUCAGUAAUAACAUGCAGGCUCCACCACCAUCAUCUGCCACCGCUCCCUAUAUACCACCAGUCAAUUCCUAUGUAAAUUAUGGGUUUCCUAACCAGGGACAGCCUAGAAUGGUUCCUCCUGGGCAAGAUUAUUCUAGUGUAGGUUACCCGUUACCUCAGAAUCCUCCUUUGCGUCCUCCCAACAGCUACUAUCACUACACAAGAAAUGACCAAGCAACUGCCAAUAAUUUGCACUACCCUUCGAUCCAUCAUCAGGAUGGUGGAUCAAGGCACAUGCCUAUGGCACAAAUGUCAAGUGAGGCUGGUCCCUAUACAUCUUUUCCGGGUUGUUAUGAUGGCAACCAGACGUAUGAAGCACCUGGAAAUGGUAGUUCUCAGCAGUGGGGUGGUAGAAUGGCUCCGCAGGCCAACCGGAAUGUUUCUGGAGGGUAUGGCCUGUAUCAGCAAGGUGGAUUUAACCAGGGCCUUCAUAGAGGGUAUGAGCAUCAGCAACAAAGAGGUAACCAAUUGCAUCAUCAUCAGAGGGGAGAUUAUCAGCAAAGAUGGAGCCAGCCACACGGGGGCAAUCAACAGCAUGGCAGCAACCAACAGCAAAUGGGUAAUCAACAACAGAGAGGGAAUCCAUAUUCUGCAUUAGACAGGAGAGGUCAUCGGAGGCCCCCAGCUCCACCAUUUGAGAAUAACUACUGAAAGAUUCUCUAAGUGCUAUUAGGUCUUGGUGUUUGAAUUGUUGUAUAAUACUUGUUGGAGUGUCUAGUGGUUUCUUCUAGAAAAGGGUAAAAAGAUGAUAAUGUAUUUCCCCAUUUGUCAAGCAUUAUUUAAUUUAGGUUUUUUAUUAAUGUUGUAUUCUUGCCUAAGAAUUAAGAUGCUCAUCAAGGAAAUGUGACAGACAGAAGAAAUCUGUAACGUAUGUUCUAUAAUAUUAGAAAGGAAGGAAUUCAAUAGGUUUAUUUCUGAGAAAUUUGUAAAAUAUUUAGGUAAUAAUACCCUUGAAAUUUAAUUUUAUUAUAUAUAUUUUAUCU